GUGAGACGACGAUCAUGCUAGGCUCUUGAACCCUAGCAACCGGCCAAUUUCUCCGAUAGUGCUGAGAAAGGGAGACGAGGAGCAACGGCCGCUGGAUUUGGUUUCUGGCAGUGAUGCAGCGAGCUAUACGGAGUACAAUGGUUGAACGACAUUUUUAGCACCAAAUCAAAUACAUUCCAGUAUCUAAUGGUUGGUUUUCGGUAUAAACUUCAAAUCCAUGUUCUUCAAUUCCUUUCUAGUUUAGGUUCAAUUUUAUUUAUAUUGUCUAUUUCAGUAUUAUUGUGUGCAUUGUUACCGUUUGGACAGAUUUAGAUUAAGUUAUGAUUUAGUUAUAUAUAAUUGUGUUUGGAGUUGGAUUGAAUUCUAAUUUUCUCAAAAAUAUAUCUAAAUUUGGCUUUUAAUUUUAAUUAAAAGUUGGUUUGAUUCUAUUUUCAAUCUGGCUAUAUGUGACAUAUUUGUUGUGUUGUUGUGUUGAAUGAGAGCAAUUUUAUGUUCCUAGGCGAUUGAACAAUGGGGAAAAAAGUCUCAUAACCCUCUAGAUUAGGGGACAAGAAAAUGCAGAUUCUUCUCAGAUGGUUAACCUACUAUCAUAUCAUAUUUUGUUAGACUGUAUGCCAUUAGGUGAUGUCCUUCUUAAAAGAAGCGAUAUGAUAGCUUAUAAAAAUAUGGAAUAGAAAACUGGUGGGGUUGCAGCUACUUACCAUCCCUAGCUAUGUUAUGUUUCUUGUGCAAUACUUUGGUUUAGAUUUACUAUCAUGAAUUUCAAUGUGGGUAAUUAGUUUUCAAAUUUUCAAGAAAUGGUCUUAGUUGAUUAAUUUUCAUGGUUGGUUAAUUAGCUCUUAAUGUUUGUGUUCUUGUCAAGGAACUAUGUGUUGUCUAAUUGUACGCAGAGGAAACAAUUCCUUUGGGUCAAUUAUCUUGGUAACUUGCAGAUUCCAGGCUCUUUCAAGGUAGAGAAAGUUUCUCAACAUAUUAAAAAAAUUUCUUUAAAUGCAGCGGUAGAAUUUGAGAGCUUACCAGUACUAGUUAGAGUUUUGCUUGGUAUUACUGGUCCAAAUUCUACUCAUCAUAGACAGUAUGUUCGAGCUCAUAAAGAAUUGUGGUUGAUCAAGCUUCAUCUCUUCUCUGUCACUGAUAAGGAACUUAUCCAGAGGACCUUAUGUUCUCACAAGCGGGAUAUUGAUUCAGAAAAUAACCUGGAGCAGUGCAUUGUUUGGUUGUUAUUGUAUUAGUUUGUAAGGAUUUUCAUUUAUAGCUUUAACAUUUUUUGGAUCUUUGCAACAAUUAUAUGUUUGGACGAUGUAGCUCGCUUGAGCUUUGAUUGUAAUACUUUUGGAUCUUUACCAUCUUCACAUCACCACUAAGGCGGUUUGAAUUCUCAUCUCUAUGCUCUUUUUGUUGUCUAAAAACUAUAUCCAAACCAAUUUUAGAGAUCAUUGCAUUUUUAAAAUCGUGCCCAGGUGUGUUUUUAUUUCUUACACAACUGAUUAUUAGUACAUUUAAUUACUGUCCAGCUUAUUAUCAUUUAUUUUUCAUUAUUCUUUGAUUAUGCUUUAACUUUGGUGUCCUUUAAAUAUUUUUAUUUAUUAGUCAUAAAAGAUAGAAGAGUCUGAUUUUCUAACCUUAAUGUUAACUCUAAUUGUAUCUCUUUCAGGUACUUGUAUAUAGGGCUGAUCUCAGAGAGUUGUUUCAGCAAUUUAAUUACUGUCCAACUUAUGUUUGUUUCCCCUCUUAUUCUGUAGUUCGUCUUGUAAGUCUUUGUUUGACAGGGCUUUGAAACUUUUUUAUCUAAUGGAAAGAAGUGCUAAACCAGAGCCGGAAUUCCAUAUUUUCUUCCAACAAUUGAUCAAUGUUUGUAUCUUUUCUUCAAUGGUUGAAAAUGUUGAUUAUCAUCAAUCCUCUCCCUCUUAAGAUUAUCAUACUCUUCAAUGCUAGACAUUUUUAAAUGUGAGAAUGCUCCUUCUCUAGUAGGAUCAACUCUUGUGAGAGAGAGACAUGUAAUAGUCUUGAGAAAAUUUUUCUAUGAACUUCGUGAUGUACGCUUUGUGUUUUCAUCUUUAACCUCAAAGCCCGAUUUAGGAGCUUCUGCUUGUUCCCUAUUGAGCAAGUUUAGUUUUAUCAACAAAGCUUAAAUCUCUGCAUCUUUUAAGGCUAUAGAAUUUCUAAGUAUUUUAUCUAAACACCAUAUUCCAAGUAGACAACUCUCCUUUUCUUCUCUUAUUCCUUGAGAUUCCUCUUUGAUUCCAUUUAGAAACAUUACUUUAUUUUUUUCUUGGUACUGUAGUGCGUUUCAUUUCAUGUGUAUAGUUUAUCAUACUUUUUAUUUGAAUAAGGAAGUUCAUCAAAUGGUGCAGGACCUCUCUUUGAUGGUGUAGGAGUUUAUGCUUUGCUUUAAUUUGGACAUAUUCUUUUGUCAAUUUGGAGGGUGAUUGCUUUGAUAAGCUUCCACAUUUGAAGGACCUUAUGUUCUCACAAGCGGGAUAUUGAUUCAGAAAAUAACCUGGAGCAGUGCAUUGUUUGGUUGUUAUUGUAUUAGCUUGUAAGGAUUUUCAUUUAUAGCUUUAACAUUUUUUGGAUCUUUGCAACAAUUAUAUGUUUGGACGAUGUAGCUCGCUUGAGCUUUGAUUGU